CUCAAGUCUGAUGGCGGUUUGUUUUUGUCGGUGAAUGGAAAAAAUAAAUAAAACUCUGCUUUGAUUUAUCUGGCUUUUCUUUUUUUAAAAAUAAUAAUUUAAAUAUUAAAUAUGAUUCACGAGCUGCUCUUGGCGCUCAGCGGAUACCCCGGAACCAUCUUCACAUGGAACAAGCGGACUGGUUUACAGGUGUCCCAGGACCUUCCCUUCCUUCACCCCAGUGAGACCAGUGUCCUGAACCGGCUGUGCAAACUGGGCUCAGAUUACAUUCGCUUCACUGAGUUCAUAGAGCAGCACACCGGCCACGUUCAUCAACAAGAACAUCACACCAACCAGCCGAACCAGACGGGUCUUCAUGGAAUCUACCUGCGAGCGUUUUGCACCGGACUGGACUCCAUGCUACAGCCGUACCGACAGGUGCUGCUGGACCUCGAACAGGAAUUCCUGGGAGACCCACAUCUGACGAUAUCCCACGUGAAUUACAAGCUCGACCAGUUUCAGUUGCUGUUUCCCUCCGUUAUCUUGGUGGUGGAAACUAUAAAGUCACAGAAGAUCCAUGGCUGUCAGAUCCUGGAGACGGUGUACAAGCACAGCUGCGGGGGGCUUCCUCCGGUGCGCAUGGCUUUAGAAAAGAUUCUGGCCGUGUGUCACGGUGUGAUGUACAAGCAGCUCGCCGCCUGGAUGCUGCACGGGCUGCUGCUGGACCAAAGCGAGGAGUUUUUCAUCAAGCAGGGCCCCAGCGCAGGAGGCGCCGCCGCCAACCAGGACGAGGAGGAGGAGGACUUGGGACUGGGCGGUCUGAGUGGAAAACAGCUGAGAGAGCUGCAGGACCUGCGGCUGAUCGAGGAGGAAAACAUGCUGGCGCCGUCUCUGCAGCAGUUCUCUCUGCGAACAGAGAUGCUGCCGUCUUACUUUCCCAUCCGGGUGGCAGAGAAGAUUCUGUUUGUGGGCGAGUCAGUUCAGAUGUUUGAAAACCACAACCACAGCCCGUCCAGAGCCGGCUCCAUCCUGAAACACCAGGAGGACACGUUUGCUGCCGAGCUGCACAGACUCAAGCAGCAGCCUCUGUUCAGCUUGGUGGACUUUGAGAAUGUGAUCGACGGGAUCCGGAGCACCGUGGCCGAGCAUCUCUGGACGCUGAUGGUGGAGGAGGCGGAUCUGCUGGAGCAGCUCAAGAUCGUUAAGGAUUUCUACCUGUUGGGCCGCGGGGAGCUCUACCAGGUUUUCAUCGACCUCGCCCAGCAGAUGCUGAAGGCGCCGCCAACGGCCGUCACUGAGCACGACGUGAACGUUGCCUUCCAGCAGGCGGCGCACAAGGUUCUCCUGGAUGACGACAACCUGCUGCCUCUGCUGCAUCUCACUGUGGACUACCAGGGGAAAGACGCCAAAGAGGCGUCGGGUCCCAGAGACGGAGCCACUCCUCCUCAGGACUCGUCUCCUCGGGAGGCUCCGCCCACCGGCUGGGCGGCCCUUGGCCUGGCCUACAAGGUCCAGUGGCCGCUGCACAUCCUCUUCACUCCCGCCGUCCUGGAGAAGUACAACGUGGUGUUCAGGUACCUGCUCAGCGUGCGGCGGGUCCAGUCGCAGCUGCAGCACUGCUGGGCUCUGCAGAUGCAGAGGAAGCACCUGAAGUCCAGCCAAUCAGAUGCAGUGAAGUGGAGGCUACGCAACCACAUGGCGUUCCUCAUCGACAACCUGCAGUACUACCUGCAGGUGGACGUCCUGGAGUCUCAGUUCUCUCAGCUGCUGCAGCAGAUCAACUCCACCAGAGACUUUGAGAGCAUCCGAUUGGCCCACGAUCAUUUCCUCAGCAACCUGCUGGCUCAGUCCUUCAUCCUGCUCAAGCCGGUUUUCCACUGUCUGAGCGAGAUCCUGGACUUGUGUCAGAGCUUCUGCUCUCUGGUGGGGCAGAGCGCGGCGCCGCUGGACGAUCGCGGAGCAACUCAGCAGCUGGACCUGCUGGUAAAGGGUUUCCGGCGCCAGUCGUCCCUGCUCUUCAAAAUCCUCUCCAGCGUGAGAAACCAUCAGAUCAACUCGGACCUGGCGCAGCUGCUGCUGCGUCUGGACUACAACAAGUACUACACACAGGCCGGCGGCACGCUGGGCGGGGUUUAAGAGGAGCCGGAAGACGAGAACCAGAAAAUUCACCUCGAUCUCAAACUCCUCCGGACUCGUUGCUUCAGUCGCCGUUUGGACUUUUCACACAGUUAAAGCAGCAGUUUAGGCUCAUUUCUCACAUAAAAGAAUAUUUAGGCUGCUUAGUAAAACCGGAAGGAUUUAAAAUAUAUUUUUGGGCUGGAGUACUGGGAAUGUUGCACAUUAGGCUGGGUUGAGGUUCUAACGACUCCAGCAGAUUCAUUCAGAUUCCUGCAAGAACAAAUAAGUCACAGUGAAGUUCUUCCAUCACAAAACUGAAAAUAAAAGAAAAAGGAUUGGCUAAUCAAUCAGCAUUCAACUUAUUAAAUGCCCACAUAUUCCUCCAAAUAAAAUUUAUCCAAAUUUCAUUUUUAAACCAAUGUUUAAUUUCAUAAAGAAUCAUGUUAAUCUAAUGUAUUUGAUGCAUUUACUUUCUUUUUUUACAAGUUAGAAAAGUGUAAAUAUUUGACUGAAUACUUGGUUCUGGAGAUAUUUUGGGGCUCUUGAUUCCUGCAGUGAUGUGAGGAUUUAGCGUCUCCAUCCAACAGGGAGGUGAGGAAAAGAAACAUUUUCACUACUCAGACAUUUUCUAGACAAAAAACAAGGACUUUUUUCAGUGCUAGUAACUGAUCAUUUGUGAGAAGAAAAAAAUAAAGUUACUUAGAAAUUUCAGAGUUUGAAAAGUGGAAAAAUUCAGUUUUAGAAAUUUUCUGAUUAGUCUCAAAAUGUCUUUUCCAGCACAUUUUUGACUUAAAACAUUUCCAAGUUUUAUUUAAAAAAAGUUUGGAGAUUAGUCAAUAUUGUUGAAUUUUUCAGUACUUUUUAUUUCCUCAUAAAUUUUUUAAAAAAAAAAGCAAAAUAUGGCCUGUUUUUUGUUAAUUAGGACAUUUUUUAACUUUCUAAGGAAAAAACAUUCUGAGAUUUAACUCAACUUUUUAGUUUUUUCUAGAAAAAAAACUUCAAGCUCAGAAAUAUCCAAGUUUUUUCUAGAAAAUUUCUGAGAAAGAAUCUCAACAUCUGAGUUUUUUCGGCCUAAAUGCUCCAAUUUGCCGUUGUAAGGGAGAAACAAACAUGUCAGAAGCUUUUUGGGCCAUUUAUAUGUGAUUAGUUUCCAUCCAGACUCAAAAAUGAUUUUAUAUCAUUAAAUACCAACAUGUGAAUUUUUUUCUGCAGCUUUUGCAGGUAUUCUGUCCAGCACGUGACUCUGAUACAUCUAAUGUAUUAAAUGUAAAUAUAUUGUGUAAAAAUAAAUCCAGGGAAGUUAA